CCGGCGCUGCCGAGGGCGCCCAGGCCGCGGAGCCGGCGGUUUCAUGCGCCCGGGAGGGUCUGCAUCGGGCGGCCGCUGAGGCAGGAGCGGGCGACAGGAAAUAAAAUAGCAGCCAUGAUAGAAGACAAAGGGCCUAGAGUGACAGACUACUUUGUCGUGGCAGGCCUCACUGACACAUCUCUUCUUUUGGAUCAAGAAAUAAAUCGCUUAGAUACUAAGUCAACUGGACCUAAAGCUCCAAUUACAGACAUUGCAGUUAUUAUCAAAUCAGCUGGGGAAACAGUACCUGAAGGUUACACCUGUGUCGAAGCCACUCCAUCAGCUCUCCAAGCAAACUUGAACUAUGGAAGUCUGAAAAGUCCAGAACUUUUCCUUUGUUAUAAGAGAGGGAGAGAUAAACCACCCCUUACUGACAUUGGAGUUUUAUAUGAAGGGAAAGAGAGGCUUAUUCCAGGAUGUGAGGUGAUCCAAGCCACACCCUAUGGUCGCUGUGCCAAUGUCAACAAUAGUUCAACCACUUCACAAAGAAUCUUUAUCACUUACCGAAGGGCUCCUUUAAUUCGACCCCAGAAUUCCCUGGCUGUAACUGAUAUCUGUGUUAUUGUAACCAGUAAAGGAGAAACCCCUCCUCAUACUUUCUGCAAAGUUGACAAAAACUUAAAUUGUGGAAUGUGGGGUUCCAGUGUGUUUCUGUGUUAUAAGAAGUCUGUGCCUGCUUCUAAUGCAAUAGCAUAUAAAGCUGGUUUAAUUUUUCGAUAUCCAGAAGAUGAUUAUGAGUCAUUUCCGCUCUCAGAAUCUGUACCUCUUUUCUGCCUUCCUAUGGGAGCGACUAUUGAAUGUUGGGAUUCCCAAACCAAAUAUCCGCUUCCAGUUUUUUCAACUUUUGUCUUGACAGGUUCCUCUGCUGAAAAGGUAUAUGGAGCUGCCAUUCAAUUUUAUGAACCUUAUUCUCGGGAACUUCUAACAGAGAAACAACUUAUGCAACUGGGCCUAGUGACACCUGUGGAGAGAAAAGUGAUCUCCAAAUCCAUCAAUUCAAACAAAUGCAUUUGUUUACUCUCACAUUGGCCUUUUUUUGAAGCUUUUAGAAAAUUUCUCAUGUUUAUCUACAAACUUUCUGUGUCUGGACCACAUCCUCUUCCUAUUGAAAAACACAUUUCACAUUUUAUGCAAAACAUCCCUUUUCCUUCACCACAAAGACCAAGAAUACUUGUUCAGCUAUCAGUCCAUGAUGCCUUAAUAUUAUCACAGCCAGUUUCUACACCUUUACCACUAAGUGGAGCCAAUUUUAGCACCUUAUUGAUGAACCUGGGUCCUGAGAACUGUGCAACACUGCUGCUCUUUCUUUUACUUGAGAAUAAGAUUCUACUGCAUUCUCUUAGGCCAGCUGUGUUGACUGGAGUAGCCGAAGCUGUUGUAGCUAUGAUCUUUCCAUUUCAAUGGCAGUGCCCGUAUAUUCCCCUUUGUCCUCUUUCACUGGCAGCAGUGCUUAGUGCACCUGUACCGUUUAUAGUUGGAGUUGACUCAAGGUAUUUUGAUCUUCAUGAUCCACCACAAGAUGUUGUUUGCAUUGACUUGGAUACAAACAUGUUAUAUAUGGCAGAUGAAAAGAAGAGCAUGAACUGGAAGCAGCUUCCCAAAAAGCCAUGUAAAAAUCUACUUAGCACCUUGAAGAAAUUGUAUCCCCAGUUAUCUUCAGUUCACCGAAAAAAUCAAGAGAGUUCAGCAAUUGAGAUGACUCCAAUUGAAGCCGAUUUCUCUUGGCAAAAGAAGAUGACCCAACUUGAGAUGGAAAUUCAAGAGGCAUUUUUGCGCUUUAUGGCAUCUAUUUUAAAAGGAUACAGAACAUAUCUCAAACCAAUCACAGAAGCUCCUUCAAAUAAAGCCACAGCUGUAGAUUCAUUGUUUGACCGACAGGGAUUUUUAAAAAGCCGAGAUCGUGCCUAUACAAAAUUCUACACCCUUUUAUCCAAAACACAGAUUUUUAUUCGCUUCAUUGAAGAAUGUAGUUUUGUAAGUGAUAAAGACACUGGAUUGGCAUUUUUUGAUGACUGCAUAGAAAAGUUGUUUCCUGAUAAAGGCACCGAGAAAGCAGAUAAGGUUGAUUUUGACUCAGCAGAAGACACCAAAUUGAUAGAGCUAGAUGAUUCACAGAAAAGUGAGCAUACUGUUUUCAUAAUGCCUCCAGAACCACCUCCUGAUGAUGGAAAGGAGCUGCCACCAAAGUACAGUUACAAAUACUUUCCAAGACUGGACCUUAAGCUUUUUGACAGACCACAGGAAUUGAAACUUUGUUUUAGUAGACACCCUACUGGGACUAGCAUUACAAACAGUCCAGCUCUCAUGGCUAAGAGAACUAAACAGGAGAUAAAAACAGCUCAUAAGUUGGCAAAGAGAUGUUACACAAAUCCACCACAAUGGGCAAAGUGUCUCUUCAGUCAUUGUUACAGUUUAUGGUUCAUUUGUCUCCCAGCCUAUGUUAAAGUUUCUCAUCCUAAGGUCAGAGCACUUCAACAGGCCUAUGAUGUACUUAUUAAGAUGAGGAAAAUGGAUGUGGAUCCUCUAGAUGAGGUUUGCUAUCGUGUAGUAAUGCAACUUUGUGGACUUUGGGAUCAUCCUGUUUUAGCAGUGAGAGUCUUAUUUGAAAUGAAAACUGCUAAGAUAAAGCCAAAUGCUAUUACUUAUGGUUAUUAUAAUAAGGUAGUUUUGGAGAGUUCCUGGCCUAGUAGUACCCGCAGUGGUAUCUUCUUAUGGGCGAAGGUACGGAAUGUGGUACGAGGUUUGGCACAGUUUAGGCAGCCACUUAAAAAGACUGUGCAAAAGUCACAGGUUUCCUCAAUAUCAGCUCCUCAGAAUGCCACAGGUGGAAGUGAUGGGGACACGGUGAGCCACGGUAGCGUGGAUAGUUCUAAUGAUGCUAACAAUGGGGAGCAUACAGUCUUCGUCAGAGAUUUAAUCAGUCUUGAUUCCAUUGAUAAUCACUCUAGUACAGGUGGUCAGUCUGAUCAAGGCUAUGGUUCUAAGGAUGAACUUAUAAAAGAUGAUACAGAAAUUCAUGUGUCAGAAGAACAAAUAGCAAGAGAACUGAUAACUAAAACAAAAGUGCAAACAGAAGAACUGUGUGAUCUCUCUGCUGUUAUGGCAAAACAUUCACAACCUAAUGCAGAGGCCCAGAGUCCUACUGAGCCCCCUGCUUGGGGCAGCAGUAUUGUGAAAGCUCCGUCUGGUAUAUUUGAUGUCAAUGGCAGGAAAAGCAGCAUUGGUAGUACAUCGAAUGUGCUAUUGUCUACUCAAGAUCCAGUUGAAGAUACAGGCUUUGGUGAAGUUACUAAUCUCAAGAAAAAUGGAGAUAGAGAAAAAAGACAAAAGCAUUUUCCAGAGAGGAGUUGUAGUUUUAGUUCUGAAAGUCGAGCAGGAAUGUUGCUUAAGAAGAGCAGUUUGGAUUUGAAUUCAAGUGAAGUGGCUAUCAUGAUGGGAGCAGAUGCCAAGAUUCUCACAGCAGCAUUGACAUAUCCUAAGACUUCUUCACUUCAUCUUUCAAGAGCCCAUAGCUUUGAGAGUGCUAACUAUCAUCUAGCUGAUACUAGGACUCAUAUGUCUGAGAGCAUGUGGGAUUCUGAACACAGAUCUUCAGUGUUAGAGAUGCUAGAGGAAAGCCAAGAGCUUGUAGAGCCUGUGGCUGAUGACAGUAUAGCUAAAACUAGUAUGACAAAGGAUACACAUGACAGUCUACAAAAUACUAGUAGUAAUGAUCAAUCCAUAGACUUAAAGGCAGGAUCCAAAGAUCCAAUGAAUAAGAGAGGUAGUUUAUAUGGUGUUGCUAAAGUUAUUGAGAGAGAAGAUGUUGAAACUGGACUAGAUCCUUUGUCUCUUUUAGCUACUGAAUGUGUAGGAGAAAAAUCUCCUGAUUCUGAAGAUAAAUUUUCUCCAGUUAUUGCCCGGAAUCUGGCUGAUGAAAUUGAAAGCUACAUGAACCUGAAAAGUCCUCUGGGCAGCAAGUCUUCUAGUAUGGAAUUGCACAGAGAAGGAAGCAAAGAGUCUGCCACUACCACUGCAUUUAUUCACCCUUUAGAUAGGAGAUCAAGCCUACCUUUAGAUCAUACUCCGCCAGCACAGGAAAAUCCUGAAAAUGAAAAGAACUCCCUUGCAGUGUCCAAGUCUAAAACUUUUACUGGGCGUUUGAAGCAGCAGACUCCUACUCGAACUCAUAAAGAUCGUACAAGUUCUUUAUCAGCACUGGUGCGUUCUUCACCACAUGGCUCAUUGGGUUCUGUGGUAAAUUCUUUGUCAGGUCUAAAGCUGGAUAAUAUACUCUCGGGGCCUAAGAUGGAUGUGCUAAAAUCUAGUAUGAAACAAGCAGCAACAGUUGCCAGUAAGAUGUGGGUAGCUGUAGCAUCUGCCUACAACUACUCAGAUGACGAGGAGGAAACUGGUAGAGAUUACAGCUUCCCAGCUGGCCUUGAAGACCAUAUUUUGGGGGAAAAUACAUCACCCAACACAAGUAUCUCAGGGUUGGUCCCCAGUGAACUUACGCAGAGCAACACAAGCCUUGGCAGUAGCAGCAGCAGUGGAGAUGUAGGAAAACUGCAUUACCCAACAGGUGAAGUUCUGUUUUCAAGAGGCAUAAAAGGGCAAGAGUUUGAAAAAUCAGACCAUGGUUCUCAAAAUACUAGCAUGUCUAGCAUCUAUCAGAAUUGUGCAAUGGAGGUUUUGAUGUCAAGUUGUUCACAGUGCAGAACGUGUGAAGCUUUAGUUUAUGAUGAAGAAAUUAUGGCUGGAUGGAUGGCAGAUGACUCAAAUUUGAAUACAACCUGUCCAUUUUGUAAAAGCAACUUUUUGCCUCUUCUCAAUAUAGAAUUUAAAGACUUGAGAGGCUCUGCAAGCUUUUUCCUGAAACCAAGUACCUCUGGUGACAGUUUACAAAGUGGCAGUAUUCCAUUGGCAAGUGAACCUUUGGAGCACAAACCUGUAUCCAAUUCAGCAGAACCUGACUUAAUCAACUUUAUGGAUUUCCCAAAACCUAACCAGACCAUAACUGAAGAAACAAACGCUGCAGUUGAAUCAAGUGAUGAAAUAAAGAAAGCCAGUGAAGAUGUCCAAACUAUGAAAAUUUCACCUGUGCCUAAUAGUUUAUCAAAGCGAAAUGUAUCUUUGACUCGAAGUCACAGUGUUGGAGGUCCUUUGCAAAAUAUUGACUUCUCCCAGCGACCAUUUCAUGGCAUUUCAACAGUUAGUCUUCCAAACAGUCUGCAGGAAGUUUUGGAUCCUUUAGGAAAAAGACCCAAUCCUCUCCCUGUUUCUGUGCCCUACUUGAGUCCUCUAGUGCUUCGUAAAGAGCUUGAGUCUUUGUUAGAAAAUGAAGGUGAUCAGGUGAUUCACACAUCCUCUUUCAUCAAUCAACAUCCAAUCAUUUUCUGGAACCUCGUUUGGUAUUUCAGACGUUUGGACCUUCCUAGUAACUUGCCAGGACUUAUCCUAACAUCAGAACAUUGUAAUGGAGGUGUGCAGCUUCCUCUGUCAUCUCUGUCCCAGGAUAGCAAACUUGUGUAUAUUCAGCUGUUAUGGGAUAAUAUCAACCUUCAUCAGGAACCAGGAGAACCUCUGUAUGUCUCAUGGAGGAAUUUUAAUUCUGAAAAGAAAUUGUCUCUCCUGUCAGAGGAACAACAAGCAACAAGCACUUUAGUAGAAACCAUUAGGCAGAGUAUUCAACAUAAUGAUGUUCUUAAACCCAUCCACCUGCUUUCACAGCAAGUGAAGCCAGACAUGAAAAGACAAAGGAGUUUAUACAGAGAAAUCCUCUUCUUAUCAUUAGUGUCUCUUGGAAGAGAGAAUAUUGAUAUUGAGGCUUUUGACAAUGAAUAUGGACUUGCAUAUAAUAGUCUAUCUUCAGAAAUUCUUGAAAAGUUGCAGAAAAUCGAUGCUCCACCAAGCAUCAGUGUGGAAUGGUGCAGGAAAUGUUUUGGAGCACCUCUCAUUUAAAUAAGAUUCACUCAAGUUUUGGUCACAAAGCUGGGGAACAGAUUCAAUCUGGAAACAUUUAAAGAUUUUUUCCAAAUCCUAAUAGAUGAAAUGCUGAAAUGAAAUUUUGUAAUAUAUAAUGAAAUGUAAUUCACACUGAAUCAUCUCACAAUGUAAAAAUGCUAUUAAGAUGACCCAAGUCUAUUGAUGCGGAAGAUUUUCAAUUUAUCUGCCUCUGCUAAAAACUGUUUUUUGAUUUCCCAGUGUUUCAAGUAGCUUGGUAAUGAGAAACCACAUUCACCCUUGGUAUUGUGUUUGUAUUAGAAGCUAUUAGGUUUGGGGAAUGGCAAACUUGUCUAAUCCCCAAACAAAUGAAAUCUCUCAAUUUUAAGAGCAACUCUGUUUAUGUGUAUAUAUGUGUGGCUGUGUAGGUAUGUGUAUAUACAGCCAUAUUAUAAGUAUGUAUUUAUUAAUUCUUAGAUUGCGUGUUGCAAUAUAAUUAUCUGAAAGGGGUCUCUAUUAAAUGACUAAUACUAUAGUCAUCUGUAGUCAUUAAUCUCAAAAUUACCUGAAAGUCUGUUCACAAUUGCCUUGCCUCUGACUUUAAACUUUUUAUCUUUCCUCCAUAUUAUGUCUUGUCUUGCACUAUGGAUUGUAUCUUGAAUAGCCAGUUACUUACCCCUUCCAAUACCAUGUUAAUUUGCAGCAGCUUUAAAAUUGGAAAGUGAGCCAAUCAGACAGUUGUAAGUGAAUAAAAUCAGCUUCCUAGUUUACAUAACGAGCAUGCUUAAAUGCUCAUGUAGUCUUUGGGUCUGAAAUUGUUCUGGCACAUACGUUACCCGUCACUUUUAAAAACCUGUGGGAUAAACUUGCACUGCACACGGUUUUAUUCUUGUAUAAUACUUAGAUUUGUAUGCUUGUGAGUAAAAAUGUGCAUUUGUAAAUAUUGUUUUUUUAGGUUGAAUCAAUUAAGUCUUAAAACUUUAGUUUGUUGAACUUGUUGCCAGUAGGUUGAAGAAAAUCAUGACCUCAUAUGCCUCACUGACAUUUAUCAUGCCUUUAAGAUAUCCCUUAGCAACAGUCAGUUGCCUUAACUGUGUGGUUUAAAAAGCCAAUGGUUGUGAGCUUUUAGUUAUUACCCAGACUAACUCAUCUGAUGGAAAAAUAUAUUCCUAGGUGGUACAGCUAACAGCACAAAUGUCCUUUCCACCUGGUGUAAUCUAAAAUUUGAUGUACCAGUCUCUCAACAUUUCAGGGUUAACUAAGACCUAUGGAGAAUUCUAGUUUCAAUUUGUUUGUGAAAGAACAUACCAGAAAUUAUGUAAUUCCCAUCUCCAAAAUGGACCUUUUGCACUGUCUCAGAGUUAUCUAUUUUUGCAAUGUAAGACUUGGUACUAGUAUUUUAUACUAAACACUUAUUGGCCCAACAGAAAGUUUGGAAUUAGUCUUGCAUAUAGAAAAUUGAAUUUGAAUAAAAUAAAAAAUUUUUAAGUUUGCUGUGCUUGUCUGUUACAUUAUUAAGGCUCAUGAAAUGUUUGAUUCACUUGGGACUUUUAUAUAUUUCGUAUUUCAUUGUUUUUCCAUUUUAAUCUUAACUGACUUACCUGAAGAGCUUACACAUUUGACUGUAUCGUCAAAUUACACAUUGAGUAUCUUUUUAUAACUUUAUAACCUUUAGGCAUUUUGUAUUGGUAAUCUUUCCCUGCAGGCCUAAAAAAAGGCUGUAAAAACUGCCUUUAAAGGCCUUUUCUAACACCUACCAGAGUAUCACUAAAAAUACAAAGUAAACAAACCCCUAUUAUCUAGAGAUAACUUGUAGCACUGUUAUUAACUGUUAUAAAACAUCUCAAAUUAACCCAGAUUGCUUAGCAUUUAUUUUAUGUUGGUUUGGAUUUUAUAUUGAUUUAACUUUAUUUGCAUUUUGUAGUUCGAUUACAGCAGCUUACAUGGUCAAAGAACUCUUGGGCAGUCAUACCUUUGUGAUUUUUAUCAAUAGUUGCUGCCUCUUCAUUUUUGGUACGUACAGGGUUGAACACUAUACGUAAAAUGUUCUCCCACAUCCUUUAGCAAAUCCUCAAAUCUAAAUCUGCCAGAAUUCCUAACUGGAAUAGUUUAGAGAUGCAACUUUUUUAUUUUUGCUUUAUCAAGUUGUAUUCCUUAAGUAAGGAAGCAGAACUUUUUGGGCGUAUCGAUCAGACAUGCCUUCUGGCCUAUUACUGCAUCAAGUCAGUCAGGCCUUUUGUUUGGGUGUCUUUAAAAAUGCUAUUUUGGGACUAUAACUAACCAAGAUGGAAAUGCAUACAUUGUACAAAAAUGAAAAAUGAUGUAAAAAAUAUUUUAAAAUGCUAUUUUUUUUAAUCUUCUAUAGUUCAGCUUUUAGUUUACAUUAAUGUCAACUGCCAAGGAAGACCUCUCAUUACAAGUUUUUGGCACCAUGUGGGAAGCAAAAGAAAUCUCUAUUAUCUCAGCUAUCUUUUCACAGCAGAAAAAAGGACUGGCAUCAGCUUAAAACUUAGUAGUACAGGGCCUCCCUGGUAGCGCAGGCAGUUGAGCACAGCACUGUGAAGCUGUCCACAGCCUCUGCAGUGCCAGUUAGAUCCCCGCUGGCCUCGGAGCAACCCACAUGGCCAGCAGACCUCUCCUGUCUCGCCCGCUGCUCCCCUCAGCAGUGAGUUUCAUCAGUCUGCCUGUUUCUGUUCCCUGCUGUGUCUCUGGUGAAUCCUCUCACCCUUCCGCGCAUCUGUACUGUACCCUGGCUCUUGCAUAAACAAAAUAAAUCUUAAAAAAAAAAAAAAAAAACUUAGUAAUGCAGAUGCUCAUUUAAAUUGUGAAACACUGACUCAGUCUAUCUGAAAAUUUUAUUCACCUGUGAUUAAAACACAUACUCCAGCAAACAAGCAGCUCCCUUUUUUAUACCAACCUUUAAAGCCUAACCUGCAUUCUUUAAGAUGCCGCUAGUUUGGUAGAGGUUUGAAUGCAAGGUUAGUAACUUUAAAUGUCACUCUAAAAACUAUACAUGGUACAUUAGAAAAAUUAUAUUCUUUCUUAAAGAGGUAAAGUUGGCCUCCCCAGUGGCGCAGCGGUUGAGCGCUGGGUUGCGAAGCUGCCCGCAGCCUCUGCAGCACCGGUUCGAUCCCCGGCUGCU